AUGGACGCGCUCCAAGGGGCGCGCUUCUCGUUAGUCCAUAUAAAACUGAAGCGCCAGGUUCUCUCAAAGCUCUACGCGAGAUAGCGUUAGGCGCGUGUCACUACCCGAGCUCAUCACGAAUAAGUGCCAAACUAGGUGUAAAGAUGUACAGAACCACUAGAUCACCAAUGAUGCAAUCCCUUGUCAACUCGGGAAUGGGCGUGGCUCCUUUCUUCAAGGUGACUGUGUUCGAGCAGGAGCACUUCCAGGGCAAGUGCCAGGAGUUCACCUCGGAGUGCUGCAACAUCCACGAGUGUGGCCUUGACAUCAUCCGCUCCAUCAGAGUGGAGAGUGGAGCCUGGGUGGGCUUUGAGCACCAUGACUUCCAGGGCCAGCAGUUUAUCCUGGAGAGAGGAGAGUACCCCCACUGGGACGCCUACAGCGGCUCCCUGUCCUACCACGUGGAGCGCCUCAUGUCCCUGCGUCCCAUCUACUGUGCUUCCCACAUGAGCAGUCGUAUGAUGAUCUUUGAGAGAGAGAACUUCAUGGGCCAAAGUGUGGAGCUGUGUGAUGACUACCCCUCCCUGCAGGCUAUGGGCUGGUCCAUGCCCGAGGUCGGCUCCAUGCACGUGCAGUGUGGCGCCUUUGUGUGCUACCAGUACCCCGGCUACAGGGGCCAGCAGUACAUCAUGGAGUGUGAGAGACACAGUGGAGACUACCAGCACUGGAAGAACUGGGGCUCCCACUCCCAGACCCCCCAGAUCCAGUCUAUCCGCCGUAUCCAGCAUUAAGAGGGGCUAGAGGCUGAGAGGCCCACGGACAGCAAUCCCCAGCCCAGACGCUGCUCUACCCCUUCCCCCCCCCCCCCACCGGGAAGACCCCUAACUACCGACUCACCACAUAACACUGACACACACAGCCGCUCCAAGGUACGAUGAGACUAUAUCGCACCGGUAAAGCACAGGAACACACACACUGACAUGACUGACAUAACACACUGUUUAUUUUUAUCAGGGUAGAGCACCCGCACAUAGACACACACCUGGGCUGUACUACCUGAACCCUGAACCCCUGUCCAGGUCACCUGGGCUGUACUACCUGAACCCUGAACCCCUGUCCAGGUCACCUGGGCUGUACUACCUGAACCCUGAACCCCUGUCCAGGUCACCUGGGCUGUACUAUCUGAACCCCGAACCCCUGUCCAGGUCACCUGGGCUGUACUACCUGAACCCUGAACCCCUGUCCAGGUCACCUGGGCUGUACUACCUGAACCCUGAACCCCUGUCCAGGUCACCUGGGCUGUACUACCUGAACCCCGAACCCCUGUCCAGGUCACCUGGGCUGUACUAUCUGAACCCCGAACCCCUGUCCAGGUCACCUGGGCUGAGCAGGGAGCCACACAUCCUGCUCGAAUCAGAGGUCAACGCAUCAGCAGACACCAGUUUCAAGAUGGCCACCACCGUAGUGCAGCUCUAAUGUGAUGUGUGCAGGAGGUUGAACCAAAGGUUAACUAAUAAACUCAUGUUCACUUCA